UUGACAGGUUAAUUACUCCGAUUAAUUAAUCAAUAGAUUAAUUAAUUAAUAAAUUAUUAUAAUGAAAAUAAUUACAUUGAAUGGCUGCUGCUGUUUAGAUUUAAAAACUGGGACUUUAUGUAUCGGCGUCGUAUUUAUGAUCGGACAAAUAGUAUCGAUGUUGCAAAGUUUUAUAAGACAUCUUAAUUUAAAAUGCGCGGCGGAUAUUGACCCACAAGCUUGCAGACGUGGGUCGUCUAUUGAAAUGGCAUUUACGAUAAUUGGUAAUUUUGUGUUUUUUGUUGUCACUGCAUUGAUGAUUUGCGGAUCUAAUAAAAAAAAACAUAAAUUGAUGAUACCGUAUUUAGUGUUAAGAGGUACUGGUAUUAUUAUCGUUUUUUUUGCAGUAUGGUAUCUUGGAAUUAAAUUUUUAUUUUCGACAAUCGCAUGGGGAGUUGUAACUUUAUUAUUUGGAAACGCGUUUGUAUGUUUAGAAGUAUAUUUCUGGCUUGUUGUCAACAGUCGCAGACAAGACCUUAUACUAGACGAAGAAUGAAAAAAUAAAAUAAAAAAUAUUUUGUUAAAUUUUUUCUGUCCAAUAAAAAUUCUUUAUAAAUUUUCGUUAAUUCAAUCUUUCUGUAACUUUAACACAACAUAUCUCAUAAAGUAUUGAAGUUAUGUGAAAUAUUGACUGAACUUUUUUUAUAGGAAAUUUUAUUUCCUACAAGUUUGUACUCAUAUCAUUUUGCCGUAUCUCUUAUGAUUAAUCAGUUAUUCAAAUUUAAAGAUGAAAGUUU